AUUUUCGGGAAUUUGAAUCUGGAUCGGCUAUCCCCGACCUCAGAUCAAUUGAAGAGUAUAUGUAUUGAUUUUAAUCUGACUCAAUUGAUCUCAAAACCCACACAGCUAAAUGUGAAAAACCCUGUUAACUCUUAAUUGAUUGAUUUCAUUCUUACAAAUAACCCCCACAAAUAUUUGUCUCGUAGAGUAUUUGCAUAUGAUCUCAGUGAUCUUUGUCCCAUAGUAUGUAUUAGUAUACAAAACAGAUGAACAUACUAAUCCUUGUUAAAUUAAGAAGAUAAAUUGCAAAAAGUUUUCUAAUCAAGUUCUUUUUAAUGACAUGUUCUACUCUGAUUGAGCCACCGUCCCCUGUAUUCCUGACCUUGAGUUGGCUCUAGAAAAUGUGUCCUCCAUAUUUACUCCUCUGGCAGAUAACCACGUCUCUUUUAAACAAUUCAGAGUCAAAGAUAGAUCGAACCCUUGGUUUUCUUCGGAAUUAUCUUGAGUUUAUUCAAAAGAGAAAUAAAGCCUGGGCUAAAGCAAGAGGAACUGACUCUGGUGGACUGGCAAUCUUUCAGACAAUUGAGAAACUGAUGUACUAUCUUGAUGAAGACAGCUAAAUCAACCGACAGCUUUUCAAGCUCUAUCUCAACAUUUUAGAAAACAGUAAAUCCACUGAAGCGUACACAUUCCUCUUCUUUCCUGCCUAUGAAUGCAGGUAGUUGGAUGAAUGCACCAUCUCUACAACCCAUGGAUCCAGGACAGGGGCAGUAGAUACCACCAUCUCUACAACCCAUGGAUCCAGGACAGGGGCAGUAGAUACCACCAUCUCUACAACCCAUGGAUCCAGGACAGGGGCAGUAGAUACCACCAUCUCUACAACCCAUGGAUCCAGGACAGGAGCAGUAGAUACCACCAUCUCUACAACCCAUGGAUCCAGGACAGGGGCAGUAGAUACCACCAUCUCUACAACCCAUGGAUCCAGGACAGGGGCAGUAGAUACCACCAUCUCUACAACCCAUGGAUCCAGGACAGGAGCAGUAGAUACCACCAUCUCUACAACCCAUGGAUCCAGGACAGGAGCAGUAGAUACCACCAUCUCUACAACCCAUGGAUCCUGGACAGGGGCAGUAGAUACCACCAUCUCUACAACCCAUUGAUCCAGGACAGGGGCAGUAGAUACCACCAUCUCUACAACCCAUGGAUCCAGGACAGGGGCAGUAGAUACCACCAUCUCUACAACCCAUUGAUCCAGGACAGGGGCAGUAGAUACCACCAUCUCUACAACCCAUGGAUCCAGGACAGGGGCAGUAGAUACCACCAUCUCUACAACCCAUGGAUCCAGGACAGGGGCAGUAGAUACCACCAUCUCUACAACCCAUUGAUCCAGGACAGGGGCAGUAGAUACCACCAUCUCUACAACCCAUGGAUCCAGGACAGGGGCAGUAGAUACCACCAUCUCUACAACCCAUGGAUCCAGGACAGGGGCAGUAGAUACCACCAUCUCUACAACCCAUGGAUCCAGGACAGGAGCAGUAGAUACCACCAUCUCUAUAACCCAUGGAUCCAGGACAGGGGCAGUAGAUACCACCAUCUCUACAACCCAUGGAUCCAGGACAGGGGCAGUAGAUACCACCAUCUCUACAACCCAUGGAUCCAGGACAGGGGCAGUAGAUACCACCGCCUUUCAAACACCGGGGAUGACAUAUCUGCAGGUUAUUCGCUGUCAUUGUCAUAGCUUGUACUGUAGUGUACCAACGGCUCAUUUCUACCACAACAGAAUGAUGACUGAGAUUCCAACACACAGGGUUUCAAUGCUCUUGGACAACAGAAAAGCGUAGACCAUUGAGACAUGAUGAUGGUGUCUAAGAUGUACUGUGUGCUCUCUCUGAUGUUGAACCAGAAGUGCACCAUGUGUUGCUCAUUCUGGUUAGUGUUGUAUGAUUAAGCCUGUGUGACGGUCUCCUCUUGGUGUAGUGAUCUCUGUCUGUCUUGAACUUUGUGUUGAUUAUUAUCUAGCAUGAUUAUGGAGCUAGCUGCUGUCUUAACAGCACAAAAAACACUCUAUUACAACUGACUGUUCAUUUUUAUUCUCAGGUUUCUCUCCUCAGUCUGUAUCCAGAGAGUCCAUUAUCUUUUGGCCAGGAUAAGGAUCUUAGACCUUGUCCUUGGUGGGAUUUUGGACCAACUCUGUUUCUGUAAAGAAGACACCUUGUCUGCAUCAUCACAUAGCCAACUGACAGCCAACUGACUGCCUCUGGCCUCCAUGCCUGUGUCUGUCUGCUUAGAGGACUGACUGACUGUUCUGAGACCUGACUGCCUCUGGCCUCCAUGUCUGUGUCUGUCUGCUUAGAGGACUGACUGACUGUUCUGAGACCUGACUGCCUCUGGCCUCCAUGUCUGUGUCUGUCUGCUUAGAGGACUGACUGACUGUUCUGAGACCUGACUGCCUCUGGCCUCCAUGUCUGUGUCUGUCUGCUUAGAGGACUGACUGACUGUUCUGAGACCUGACUGCCUCUGGCCUCCAUGUCUGUGCCUGUCUGCUUAGAGGACUGAC